AUGGCGUCCGGCGGAGGCAACAUCAAGGUGGUGGUGAGGUGUAGGCCCUUCAACGGGCGAGAGAAGCAGCGCAAUGCACAAUGUAUUGUCGAGAUGAAGGGCGACCAGACGAUCCUUAAACCGCCGACAAACGUAAACGUCCAAGGAAAAGCCGCAAAAGCUGCCGCCGAAGGCACCAAGACUUUUGCCUUUGACCGUUCAUACUGGUCCUUCGAUCGCGAUGCACCUAAUUAUGCUGGACAGGACAACCUGCACGAAGACUUGGGGAAGCCGCUGCUGGACAAUGCUUUCCAAGGAUACAACAACUGUAUUUUCGCAUAUGGUCAAACGGGUUCGGGAAAGUCAUACUCCAUGAUGGGUUAUGGGCAAGAGUACGGAAUUAUCCCCAAGAUUUGUCAAGACAUGUUCGAGAGGAUUGACGAGAUGCAAAAAGACAAGAACUCAAGCUGUACUGUGGAGGUGUCGUACCUGGAAAUUUACAAUGAGCGUGUGCGCGAUCUUCUGAACCCAUCGAACAAGGGCAACUUGCGAGUUCGAGAACACCCCUCGACUGGUCCAUAUGUUGAAGACCUGGCGAAGCUAGUAGUGCAAUCGUUCCCUGACAUCGAGAAUCUGAUGGACGAAGGAAACAAGGCCCGUACCGUUGCAGCGACGAACAUGAAUGAGACGUCCUCACGAUCGCACGCCGUCUUUACCGUAACUCUCACACAGAAGCGUCACGACGCACAGGCAGGAUUGAGUGGAGAAAGAGUCGCAAAGAUCAGUUUAGUCGAUUUGGCAGGUUCGGAAAGAGCACAGUCUACAGGUGCGACAGGAGCACGCCUGAAGGAAGGCGCAGAGAUCAAUAGAUCUCUUUCCACCUUGGGUCGUGUUAUUGCAGCGCUGGCCGAUCAAUCCUCGGGCAAGAAGAAGACGCAGGUGCCAUAUCGAGAUUCAGUUCUGACAUGGCUGUUGAAAGAUUCGCUGGGAGGAAACAGUAUGACCGCCAUGGUUGCAGCUAUCUCGCCAGCCGAUAUCAAUUUUGACGAAACACUGUCUACCCUACGAUAUGCCGAUUCAGCAAAACGCAUCAAGAAUCACGCUGUCGUUAACGAAGAUCCGAAUGCACGUAUGAUCAGAGAACUCAAUGAAGAGCUCGCAAAACUACGCUCGCAACUCAGUGGAGGUGGUGGAGGCGGCGGUGGUGGUAUGGCCGCAGAGCAGUAUGCACCGGGUACUCCUUUGGAACAGCAAAUCGUCACAAUAACCGAGGCGGAUGGAACCGAAAAGAAGGUCUCAAAGGCUGAGAUUGUGGAGAAGCUGAACCAGUCAGAAAAGCUGUACAAGGACCUCAACCAGACAUGGGAGGAGAAGCUUCAAAAAACCGAAGAAAUCCACAAGGAGCGUGAGGCUGCUUUGGAGGAACUUGGUAUCAGCAUUGAGAAGGGUUUUGUUGGUCUCUCCACACCAAAGAACAUGCCUCAUUUGGUCAAUCUGAGUGACGAUGCACUCAUGAAUGAAUGCCUCAUCUACAACCUCAAACCUGGAACAACGACUGUAGGCAACUCCGACACCAAAGACCAGACUGCAGCCAUUCGCUUGAAUGGAUCCCAGAUACUUGCACAUCACUGCGACCUCGAGAAUGUGGACGGCACUGUCACUGUAGUCCCAAUGGAUGGAGCAAGCAUCAUGGUUAACGGUCUUCGGAUAGACCUGCCUAUGCAGCUGAGAAGUGGCCACCGCAUAAUUCUGGGCGACUUCCACAUCUUCCGAUUUACAAAUCCAGGAGAAGUCAGGGCAGAGCGCGCCGAGGUGGGCAAAAGCUUACUGCGACACUCUGUACAUGCUAGCCAGCUGAACUCUCCUUCACCCGCACCCAGGCCUGGCCACGACAGGACACACAGCACGAUCAGUCUUGCCAACUCUGAAUUCGAUCCCGACAGCCCCAGAGCAUCUUCACCCGCCUUUUGGCAACGCGGCAAGGAAUCAGAGUUUACAUUUGCGCGCAGGGAGGCGCUUGCCGCAUGGCUAGGGCCGGACAAGCGCAUCGAGAACUUGCCAGAUGACGAGUUCGAUGCCAUCAUUGACGACUUGCAAAGACAACGCGAUAACCGCAAGGCUGGCAAUGCAAAUCGUUCGUUUGAACAGGAUGAAGACAUGGAGUCAACAUCGUCGUAUCCCAUACGGGAGAAGUAUGCAUCCACUGGGACCAUCGACAAUUUCUCGGUCGACACAAUGCUGACUUCCCCUUCAACGCCACAAUAUGAGGAUAGUGAGAAGAUGCGCGAAUUGAAAAGCGACAUGCAAGGGAAGCUAGAAAAACAAAAAGAAGACUACCAAGCUAAGCUAAAGGCUGACGAAGAGGCCAAAGUGGAACUGGAGGAAUUACGCGCUGCAAAGGACGAGAUGGAGACGAAGUUGAAAGAGCAGAAGGAGACUUUUGAACGUCAGCUAAGGAAGCUCGGCCACGAACCCGUUCCCGACGAGGAAAGCCCGUCUGCGACUGAAGGGUUGAACGAACAACAGCUUGCCCGGGCUAGGACAGCAUUUCAGCAUUGGCGGAAACGCAAAUAUGUCACCAUGACCGAGGCCAUCCUGCAGAGCGCUGCUGCAUUAAAGGAAGCACAGGUUAUGAGCCAACAGAUGGACAAGAACGUUGUCUUCCAAUUCUGCAUCGUUGACGUCGGUCAAACUGUACCCUCGACUUACGAUCUCAUCAAUCUGGCUGAUACCGGCGAGGAGGACGAUGAUGAUCUGGACGAUACACCAAAGCCUUGUGUCGGUGUACGCGUAAUCGAUUUCAAGCAUGAAGUGAUUCAUCUUUGGUCACUGCGAAAGCUACGCCAACGCGUGCGACGGAUGCAUCAAAUGCAUCAGUACAUGAACCGGCCCGAGUACAUGCAACACUUCAACCCAGAGAGCCCCUUCUCCGAUCCCUGCAUGCCCGAGUUUUCUCGUAUUGGCGAUGUUGAUGUACCACUUGCAGCUGUCUUCGAGUCGAGAGUGCGAGACAUGAAGCUUGACGUUAUCUCACCGUACACCGCCAACCCAAUCGGCAUCAUCCACCUUUCAUUAGAACCCUCUUCUGCAGAAGCACCGACCACAACACUCAACUUCAGCGUCACGUUGCAUGAGCUUGUGGGCUUUCCUGAAAGGGAAGGAACAGACGUUCAUGCUUUGCUGUACCUGCCUAGUCUUGCGAAAGAAGGAGGCGCGACAAGCACAAUGUUCAUGAACAAGUUCGACGAAGGGCCUAUUCGCUUCCAGACGUUUCACAGUAUGAGCAUACCAUACCCAAGUCCACCAGACACCUUCCUGCGCGUCGCCAUCUUUGCACGAGUGACCUCGAUGCAUCUCGACAAGCUUCUAAGUUGGGAUGACAUGCGAGAUCAGGCCCCUCAGCGUAAGCAGAAGCGCCGUACUGCACGCAUAGCAGAGUCCGAAUUCUACACCGAAGAUGCACACGACAUAUUUUCCCGCAUUCAGAUACAGGAGAUUUCAGAUGACGGGACGUAUCAACCCGUCGAAGUCACCCAAAGCAGUGUCCUCGACGCUGGAGUGUAUCAGCUGCAUCAAGGUUUGGCAAGGCGUAUUGUCGUAAAUCUCACCCAUACGUGCGGCGAUACGUUGCAGUGGCAGAACGUGACCUCGAUGCGUGUGGGCCGCAUUCGGUUGAUUGAUGCGUCAGGCAAUGCUCCUGGAAUCGACUCUCCUGUCAGAGAGGUGCCUGUCGAUCUGACUGCACCGCCGACUGUCAAGGACAAUGCUGAUGGCACUACCAAUGUCAAAUUCAUCGGCCGAUGGGACAGUACCGCCCAUGGAUCUCUUCUUCUCGACCGCGCUACACAGGAAAAGUACCGUGUACAAGCUAAUCUUCUUUUCAACGUCACCUCGGCGAAGCUCGAUGAACCCAUGGUGUUUUCCCUCGAUCUCGCAAUGCAGAUUCGCAACCGGGCCUACAUGCGCCAAACAUCUCUCUUCUCGCUGUCAAAUCUCUGGAACUCGGUUAAGGUCGUCCACUCCACAGUUGGCAUCUUCAACGUGGCCAUCCGGCCUACAUCCGUCAAGCGUGCCACUGAUCUCUGGCGCAUGAACACUCGCGACGACUAUGUCAAGGGCGAAGAAGAUCUUGCCGACUGGACGCCACGCGGCGUCUCGCUCGUAAAAGACUACAUUGGUGUGGAAAGGCGACGGAGACGUAUUGCAGAAAUUGAGCUCGCGCGCACCAUCCUCUCCCCCAAGAUGCUCAGCGUUCAGAAAACCGAUACACCUGACACGGAGACUAGCCUCAACGACCGUCAAAAGCAACUCAUAACACGGGUGCUAGACCUCUGGACAAGCCACAAAGCACCUGAGUCCAUCAUCCUCUCAACGCAGAACCUCGAGCCCCCCACCGCCGGCGCGGCAUUCGCCCCGCGCUCGCCCUCGCGCGGCAACAGUCCAGCUCCCAAACCCAGCCUGAUUGCCACGGUGCGCUUCAUAUCCAAGAACCCCAACCUCCUCAAAGCCUCGUUCCUCCUGACACCCGACCCCACCAACACGCGCUGGAUCCGCCGCUACGUCGAGUUCCGCAAACCCUAUCUACACGUCUACUCGGUCGACGGCGACGAGCUCAACGCCAUAAAUCUGACCAAUGCGCGCAUCAACCACAGCCCGGAGAUUGCGCGCCUACUCAACGGCAGCACAGGGCAUAUUCGACAGGCGAGCAGUGGCGGCGGUGGAGGAGGAGGAGGAGGAGGAGGAGCAGGCGCCGUGACGAGCCAGCAGAAAGACACCAUUUUCGCGGUUUUCGCUAGGAGCAACACAUACAUAUUCCGUGCCAAGAGCGAGAGAGAGAAGAUCGAGUGGAUUCUGAGAAUCGAUCAGGGUUAUUUUAGCAGUGAGGGGGAGGAGUCGGGAUGA